AUGGGUGACAAGAAGGGCGGCGGCGAUGAGAUCAACUUCCCGGAGGAGAGUGCGUUCAUGCAGCGGAAGAUCGAGGUGCUGCAAUACAGGAUCAUGAUGAAGGACGAGCAGAUUCUGGCCUGCCGCAAAUCUGAGGAUGAGCUGAGGAAGCGCAUCGCAGAGCUUGACAAGGCUUUCGAUGACGAAGCCGUCCGGUGCAGAGAACACACAGCAGAAAUGAGUCGGCAGUAUCGUGAGAUGCAGGACUCUUUCAACCAAACCAUCGAUGAGACGCAGAAAAAGGUUUCAGAAAAGAAGGCGGAGAUCGAAUCGGUGAUAAAGGAGACGGAGCAAGUCCGAGUGGAAAAAGACGAGAUCCUGCGUCAGAAGGAUCACGAGAUCGCUUCCCUGUCAUCGAAGAUGGAGACCAUGGCCUUCGAGUUCGCAGACAUGCUCAAGGAGACAUUGGACAAGAUGAGCCAGCGCAUCGAGGCCCGCAGCACCAACAUAUCGGAUGCCUUGCCCUAG